CAUCCAUCCUUCCUAUACAUAUCUUUUCCAAUAACCGGCUUUUUAAUAAUCGUUUGACCUCGACAUUCACACUUUUAAACACCCAAUUGACAAGAAUCACUCAACUUCGCACUCUUGGAACCUUCAGGUCUACUAGAAAUACCUGACGCACACAUACCAACAGCAUUUACUUGUUCACACAAUCAAAUAGCCAAUCGAACACUUUUCGUCAAAACAAGCAAUAUGCAAAUCACUUUACUUUCCAUCGUCGCGGCCAUGAUGCUCAGCGCCCCUACAGCUUCGGCACGUCGAGGCGGCCAUGCUAGAAGAUAUGGUGGUGGCUACGGUGGUGGCUACGGUGGAGGCUAUGGCGGAGGAUUAGGUUAUGGUGGGGGCCUAGGUUAUGGCGGAGGCCUAGGUUAUGGCGGAGGUCUAGGAUAUGGUGGAGGAUUAGGUUAUGGUGGAGGGCUAGGCUAUGGUGGAGGACUCGGGUACGGUGGGGGACUAGGUUAUGGUGGAGGACUAGGGGGCGGUUAUGGAUUAUACCGACGACAGUUAAACUUGAACGAAGAACAACCCAGCCAAGAAGGCGCUGGAUCCAAUCAAGGGGACUUUGGCUCUAAUCAACAAGGCCCGAGAUUUAACCAAGAAGGAUCCGGAUCUACACAAGAAGGCUCUGGAUUUGGUCAAGAGGGUUUGGAACCCGUUGGAGAAAGAGCAUUCCAAGGCGGCAAUGAUUCCGAGGGACAACAAAUGGCCACCGAGGGGACCUUCCCAGAGGACUCAUCGACCGAGCGCACCCUUUCAGACGACUCGUCAGACGACCAGGAGUCCGGCGACGACCAGUCGGCCGACCAAGAUUCUUCUUCCGACGAAGAGCAACCAACCGGUGUACCUGAGCAAGCCGAAGACACCAACACCCAGGAGGACCAAUAAUCCACUCUUUCCUCAUCUUUCCUUUAAGCGAGAGGCCUCCGACACCUUGGUAAUCAAUCACCUACCAACUUGUUCAAAAUUCUUUCUAACUCCUAAAUAAAUUAUUCUUCAGGGACGCUUUGCCAUCUUCUUCUGCUUCUUCUUCAUCUUCUUUUUCUCUUUUCAACUUUGGGAGAUUCUUCAAUCAACAGGGGGUGUUUAUACCGGGUUUCAUCAUGUAUACAAUUUUUUAUUCUAUCUUCAUUUUUUGGUCAACUUGGGAAUCUUAAACACUUUGGAAAUGCUACGGA